GUGGGCACAGGUGGGUGGCACUGGUGGGCACAGGUGGGUGGCACUGGUGGGCACAGGUGGGUGGCACUUCUGGGCACAGGUAGGUGGCACUGCAGAGUGGCACAGGUGGGGGCACUGCUGGGCACAGGUGGGGGCACUGCUGGGCACGGGUGGGCGGAGCUAGUGGGCGCACUGCUGGGCGGAACUUGCGGGUGUCACUGCUGGGCACCGAUCAUCAGGGCACUGAUCAUCAGUGCCCUGAUGAUCGGUGCCGAUCCCCGCUCUGACAACUGCCGGUUCUCGGCAGUACUUUCCUCACGAUCUGACAGCGUGAGGAAAGUGCAGCCGAGAACCGGCACUUGC